UGUAAUGUGUUUAUAGGUAAAAUAGAACAGAUAAAUCGAUAUAAUUUAAUGAUUGAUACGUUCAAUAGUAUAUGAUGUAUCAAUAUAAACUGUAAUAUCAACGGAUUAUAUAUGGCACCUAUACGACUAAAUACAUCUGAAUUAAGAAUGAUGGCACUAAGACAGCAACAACAAAUCGAUACACAACAGCAGUUGUUAGCUGCCCGAGAACAAAGAUUGCGAUUUCUAAAAGCGCAAGAGGCAUGCGAAGUUGUUGCCGUAGCUGAAGGAGAACGCUUGCGUAGACUUCGCGAAAGGGUUGAGGCACAAGAAUCAAAACUUCGAAGAUUACGCGCUCUGCGGGGUCAAGUUGAUUUACAAAAAAACUACAAUGUAACAUUAGGGACUGACCUAGAUUCUAUAAGGGCGUUGUUCAGUGAAAAAGAAAAAGAAUUAACGCUUGCUGUUGCAAAAGUGGAGGCUUUAACCAGACAAUUGGAAGAUCUGAAGCGUGGUCAGCGGGGAACGAUAAAUCUGUUCUCUGGAACACCAAGCCAUUCUCUACAGAAUAACUCAGCUACUACUAUUGAGCUGGAAAAGUUGCGAAGAGAGCUUAUGUAUCGUAACCAACUGUCCUUACAACAAGAUGCAAGACUUAAUCUGCAACGGGAAGCGUUGCAGAAACGCCAAGCAGAACUUCAAUCCGUAGACCAACGUAUUUUAGAAUUACAAGGCAGGCUGCAUAAGAAGCGUAUAUCGAAUAUUAUAACACAGCAUCAAUCAUUAUCUUGUCAAACAACACUGAUGGAUAACAUGUGCACAAAUUAUGUCAGAUCAAUAUCAUCGAACUUCUAUCCACAACUAAGGAUGCCAAGGAAUAAUAUAGUCGCUGUCGAGCCAUUUUGUCACAUUCCACAGAAAACCGUUGCAUCAUGUAAUAGUGGAAACAAGAUUAAUAUAUUGAAUAAUGCAACACAAACUGAAAUGUGCCCUGUUUCUGCCAAUAUUUCCACUGAUACUAAUUUAGCAGCAGAAAGUGAUGAAAGUAAACUGGCUGCCAAACAAAAAAGGGAAGAAACUUUAAAAAAAAACAUACAACAUGAUUGUGACGAAUCCUUGAAUGCAUUUACAAAAGCUUCAAAAGCUGCUCAUCCUGUUUACAGUGAGAAUGAUGAUAAGAGAGCUGUAGACCGUGAAAUGAGUCACGGCGAAAAUGCUGAGGGUAAUGUACAUUAUAGUAAUCAUAAUAAUGAUACAGACAAUGGCAAUUUAAUUGCACGGCAAGCAGACACAAAUGAAUGCGACAAUGAUAAAGAUAUCAUUCAUACAUCUGCCACAGUUCACAGUACACCGUUAUCAUUUAUAAAUAAAUCUGUUGCUGUUCCAGUCACAGUAAUUAAUACAACAUCGUCUGCUGAAAAACAAAACCCACCAUCUAAACCAACAAUCAAAUCAUGUUGGGAUUUUUCACAUAAUCAAUAUCACAACAUUCCAUCUGGAAAUCUAGUGGUUCCCCCGCGAAAACCUAAUAAUAAGAUUCUCGAUAUGAGGGCAAACAAUACAUCAAUUCUCAAAAUCAAUAAAGUUAUGCCUCAAUCGCAACCAACGCUGAUGAAUUCUUCACAAACUGCAGAGAAACUUAAGCCUGCCUUACCGCCUAAACCAAGCAGAAAGAGCGCUCCUAGCAGCCUUUCUAAUGAUAUAGAAUCUUGCACCAAUGAUGGCAAUAAUUCUGAACUAAAUGAUUUAUUUAUUAACAAAUCAGUCAGCACAAACUGUCCAGAUUAUUUGCCGAUAAAGGCCAAACCACUGACUAUAAAAAAAUCGCCUAACUAUGAGCAACCAAAACUAAAGCAUUCAAAUCAUAAAGUGGUCGGUGCAACUAAUAACCGAACUGCUGAUACACAACCGUCAGAUGAUAUAAGGAGACCAUUAAUAAAUGAUUUUGAGAAGUAUGAUGACACUAUCAUGCAAUUUGACGAUAAUAGUAACAAAACCAAUGACGUUGAACCAACUAACAAUGAAAACAUUAUCGAACUUAGCGAUGACUUCUCUGAAAACUUUCAAGACAAAUGCGUCGAUGAAGUAUCACGACGUAAACGAGGAUUUUCAUCGGUGCUGAUCAAUAACAGUAAAAUUAAAAUGGCACGGCGCGUCAGUUUUGAUCCAUUAGCGCUACUAUUAGAUGCCAGUUUAGAGGGCGAGCUAGAAUUAGUACAGAAAACUGCUUUACAGGUACCUAACCCAAGUGCGGCAAAUGAUGAAGGUAUUACAGCGCUACACAAUGCCAUUUGUGCAGGACACUUUGAAAUCGUAAAGUUUUUAGUAAGCUUUGGAUGUGACGUUAAUGCCCAGGAUUCAGAUGGUUGGACUCCACUGCAUUGUGCUGCUAGUUGCAAUAACCUAGCGAUGGUUAAGUAUUUAGUAGAAUCUGGAGCUUGUAUAUUUGCCGCCACACUAUCUGACCAUGAAACGCCAGCAGAAAAGUGUGAAGAAGACGAAGAAGGGUUUGAUGGUUGCUCCGAGUAUUUAUAUAGUAUUCAGGAAAAAUUGGGAAUUUUGAAUAACGGUGAAGUUUUCGCUGUUUUCUCCUAUGAUGCGCAACAGUCCGAUGAAUUAAAUUUUUCAGUGAACGAUAAGUUGACAAUCAUACGUAAAGGCGACGAAUCAGAACGAGAAUGGUGGUGGGCGAAACAUUCAAAGGGCGCCGAAGGAUAUAUUCCCAGAAAUUUACUUGGGUUUUGCCCUCGGGUCUCAUCAGCUUACGAAAAGCAUCAUGAAUAGAUCUAGACUAAUAGUUCAAAUAUAUGUAAAAGUUAGGUGUUUAUAAUAAAUAUAAAUUUAUAAUAAAGCUUUA